AUGGCAACUUAUUUUGAUAACAUUCAAAGAAGCUAUACUGAUGUUCCUAUUACGAGUGAAGGUAUUGAAACUAUGCCUUUUCUUGAAGCUACCGAAGGAGUUGUGAAGUUAUUUGACUUGCUGAAUUCUAAAGCAUUUACCGUCGUGCAAAAUGAUAUGAAUGGAAAUAUUUUGAAAAUUAGAAACCGUUACAACACUGAUCCAAAAAAAAAUAUCACUCUUGAGAAACUCGUAAUUAACGAAAAAGAUGAAAAGAAACGGAUUGCCACUGAAGGGUUAAUGUGGUUAAAGAGAGGAUUGGAAUUUACUUCAGUAGCGUUACGUCGAUCUCUAGAAAGUUCUAAAAGUGCCAAUGGGGCUGAAGAACUUUCGGUUUCCUUUACUAAAGCUUAUGAGGACACUUUGAAAAAAUUUCAUGGAAUGCUUGUCAGACCCGUAUUUAAAAUGGCGAUGUCAUGUUGUCCUUAUCGUAAAGAUUUCUUUGAAAAAUUAGGGGAAGAUCAAGAAAAAGUUUAUCGACAAUUUGAAGAAUGGUUGGUAAGUUUUGAAAAGGUUGUUGAAAUAUUAAAUAACUUUUAUAAAGAAGGUGGUCAUGAUAAAGGAUUUUAG